GCAGGUCGGUAGGGUUUAGGGGACGGACCGCGAAACUCGGCGGUGCGGCGGUGUUAUUAUUCCUACCGCUGUUUCGGCUCGCUAACCAGCAGAGCUAAGCUAACAAGCUCCAUGCCUCAGUUUGCUCAGCUCGCGUAGUGAGAGGGGUUGUGAGGGUUCCUAAAGAAUGGACUCUUUGGCUCAUAUGCUGACCGACCCACUGGACUCAGGGAUGGACAAUGAUGGAUGUUUAAUGGAGGAGUGCAUGUUGGGGAACUGCAGAGUUCGUAUUCCUGAAGACCUUCUGGAAGAUCCAGACAUUUUCUUCUCUGUGAUGAGUGAAAGUACCUGGUCUGAGGUCCUGACUGAUGCCCAGAGGCAGAAGCUUCGUCAGCUCCUGCCACAGUUUCCAGAAAAUAACGCUUCAGAACAAGACGGGGUCAUCAGUGACCUUUUUAACAACCAGAACUUCUGCUUUGGAAACCCUCUGCACCUUGCCCAGAAACUAUUCAGAGACGGCUACUUUAACCCAGAGGUGGUGAAGUAUAGGCAACUUUGUGCAAAGUCUCAGAGAAAAAGGCACAUCUACUCCCUCCAGCAGUACUACCACAAACUUCUCAAGCAAAUUCUUGUCUCCAGAAAGGAACUGUUGGAUCUGGCUGUUUGCGGUGGUCCUGAAUUGGCUGUAAAACGACGCUAUACUGUCCCCUCCCACAAGGAGGUGCAAGAGCAGCGUGUGAGGAGCAGAGUGGGCCGUAUACUGCGGGACGUGAAAACAGAAUGUGGGGACAGUAAUGUUUCCUCUGAUGAUGAUGACACGACAUCAUGGAUGGCAGUGCCUCCAUCCCCAUCUUCACCAACACCAACAAUCUCUCUCAGGGUUUUGCCUAGUCUCUCAACCCAGGACAUGAAAACCAGAGACAAGGCAGAGCUGGGGGAGAAGGACUUGAAAACCAUGUUAAAAAGACACAGAGAGAAGAGGAAACUCCAACCGGAUCAUCCCGACCUAAUGACAUCUGACCUUCAGCUUGGUGAUAUCAUGUCCCGUGUAAAUAUAGGCAGAAAAGGAUCCAUUAUGGCUUUGUCUGACCUGGCUUUACCUAAGAAGAAAAUUAAGGAAGAAAAAAAGAGACGGAAAAUGAGACCUAUUAAAACAGAAUGUGACGAUGGCUAUGACGGUCAAACACCAGCAGCGUCUAUGGUUACUGACAUGUCUGACAAUGCAACUGCAAGUCUACAGAGUGUUAAAGAAGAACCCAUGGAGGAGUCUCAGAGCUGCCCUGACAUGGUGGAGGAAAUAGCCAUUAGCUUCUUUAAUCUGCUGGAAGACAUCCUUAGACAGGACCCCCUGCAAUCCUCUUCCGUGGUAGAGGAGAAGGUGCAGCAAUGGCAGGCCUCUCCUGCCAGUGCUCUCAAUCCUUGGUUCUCUAUGGCCCCCUGUUGGUCUGAGUUAGUAGUGCCUGCUUUGCAGUUCUUAGCAGGGGAAAACAAAGCUGGCGCAAUGGCACUACCUAGUGGAUUUGCUCCUUAUGUGGAAUUCAAAGAACAAACACAGCAGUGGAAAUGGAUUGGUCUUCCUCAGGAUUCAGAGAAGGAUCUUAGUGCACUCUGUCUUCUUUGGCUGGAGUCAAAAGAUCAUGUGGUGGUCAAGCAAGAAGGGGAAGAAGCAGCUGAGCUAACUCCUCCAGCUCCCAGAGUGUGGACUGAUUAUGUGGUGAGGCCCAGCACAGGAGAAGAGCGGCAUGUUUUUCAAGAGCAGGAGCAGCAGCGUUAUGACCAGCCUCACAAAGCCUUCACCUUCCGCAUGCAUGGCUUUGAGUCUGUGGUGGGGCCGGUCAAGGGAGUGUUUGAUAAGGAGACAUCCCUCAACAAAGCUCGUGAGCACUCUCUCCUGCGCUCUGACCGACCAGCCUAUGUCACCAUCCUCUCCUUGGUGCGGGAUGCAGCUGCCAGGCUUCCUAACGGUGAGGGAACCCGGGCUGAAAUCUGUGAGCUGCUUAAGGAUUCCCAGUUCCUGGCCCCUGAUGUCACCAGUGCCCAGGUGAACACAGUUGUGAGUGGUGCUCUGGAUCGUCUUCACUAUGAGAAGGACCCGUGUGUGAAAUACGACAUCGGCCGCAAGCUGUGGAUUUAUUUGCACAGAGACCGGAGUCAAGAAGAGUUUGAGAGGAUCCACCAGGCUCAGGCUGCUGCCGCCAAGGCUCGAAAAGCCCUGCAGCAAAAGCCCAAACCCACCCCCAAGCCUAAGUCUGGCAACAAGGAAACAGGUGGUAAGAGUGGAGCUGCGGAGGGCCAGUGCUCGGUGCCUGAGGGACCUUCAAUACCUGCUGCUGCUAGCUUACCCCAACCACCCAGCACCCCAACACCAAGCACCCCUGGUACACCAAAAUCCCCACUACCCCCGACUGUGGCAACACCACUCAAAGCAGGCAUUCCGGACCCUGUCAAAUCCAGCUCCAGUGUACUGCUGGUGUCUCCACCCUCCAUGCCUCAGCUGGGCACUCUGCUCUCUGCUGGACAGGUUGCCCCACAGGCCUCUCAGCAGGCUUCAGUGCAGCCUGCAACUCGAGUAGUGGCUCACUCUGCCACAGGAGGCUCUCUGCCUCAGGUCCGUGUGGUCACUGCUCAGCCAGGCCUUCCCACUGUCUCUGCUGGCCAGACAGCCACACUGGUGCACCAGACGCCCCACCAUAUCAGAGUUCCUGUUACAGUGGCCCACAGCAAGGGGAUUGCUCAGGCUGUGGUGACUCUGCCUUUAAGGAGCCAGUCUGCAGGAAGUCCUGUUCAGGUGCAGGCCUCACGGACCCAGACUGGCCUGUCUGUCCCAGGCCUGGCCUCUGCUGUGGCGGUCACUAAAACUCAGACUAGCUCUCCAGGAAGCCCUGCUCAUAACACUGCAGCACCUGCUGUUCUACAGGGGGUCACUAGCCAGAACAUCAUUAAACAGGUUGCCAUCACUGGUCAGCUUGGUGUGAAGACCCAGAAUGCACCAGGUAUUCCUCUGACCGCCACCAACCUGCGAAUUCAGGGCAAAGAUGUUCUACGAUUGCCACCCUCCUCCAUCACCACCGACGCUAAAGGCCAGACUGUUCUUCGCAUCACUCCUGAAAUGAUGGCCACUCUCAAACUCACCCCAGAUAUGCUGACCAGUACUGCCAGCACUUCUGCCAAGGGCAUCUCCGCCACCCUGCACGUGACCCCACCACAGACCUCUUCCCCUGUUGUCUCCAGUCCUGCCACACCAGCAGCUGCAGAGGCCCUGGCUGGCAAAGCCACCUCCUCCUCCCUGGGCCCUCCAGGAGCUGCCACUAUUGUGAAGGUGCACCCUGAACUAAAGGCCACGUGUGACACUGCCAUCCGCCUCAUGCCCUCAGAAUCCAAAGCUGGUGGCACCACCAUUCGCAUAGUGCCCAACCUGGGAGUGAUUCCGCAGAAGCAGGGCCAGACUGUUACAGUUAAUACCACCACUACAAGCGCCAAGCCCGUUACAGCCUCCUCAGGCGCAGCCACAGUCACCAUAGCUACCAGCGGUGUGGCAGGAGCUAAAAGUGUGACGCUGGGCCCUGCAGCUGCAGGCUCUCCUCUUUCAUUGGGCACUGCUGCAGCGACGGUCCGACAGGUGCCCGUGAGUGCUACGGUCGUGGGCACGCAACAGGGAAAGCUUCCUGCAAGAAUCACGGUGCCUCUCUCUGUCCUUAGCCAACCUCUGAAGAGCAAGAGUGUUGUCACUACACCUAUAUUGAAAGGCAGCAUCAGUACAAACAUCAGUAAUCUCGGGAGGAACAUUAUCCUGACAACAAUGCCAGCAGGCACCAAGCUCAUAGCCGGGAACAAACCUGUCAGCUUUGUCACAGCUCAGCAGCUGCAGCAGCUCCAGCAGCAGGGCCAGGCCACACAGGUUCGCAUUCAGACCGUUCCAGCUGUGCAACUGCAGCAGCGCUCAGCAGCCAGUUCCCCUAAAUCCACAGUGUCUACUGUGGUGGUCUCCACUGCUCCCUCCCCUAAGACAAACCCUGACCCACAGUGAUACUGAAUCCUGAUGCACAGUGAAUGCCACCAUGAAGUCUCUCCAUAGCCCCUGAGGUGUACGCUGUACACAAUUCAGGGAAAAGGCCAUGGGAACUGUUGAAUCAGAGUUUACAGCACCUUAUCAUGCUGUGGAAAGCCAGUGCUUGCCAGAACUCUGUGAAAGUAUACAUGUGUGAAAUGUGUGGUGUUUAGUGUUGGUUCCCAACUGACAAGCCUGAUUAGGGCACCUUUUAUCAGAUCUGCCAAGGCCCUGCUCAGUAGAAUUGAUUCCAGCCCUGCAUACUGUGGCCUUUAGGGGUCUAAAGGUUGUGAAAAAUGUUUAGCUGAUUGUACUUUUGUGAUCUAUGUUGUUUGUGGAGAAGGCUACAGACUUUAAAGCUGAUAUUUGUGGGUUUUUUUUUGUCUGAAAAGGAAGUGUAAUAAAUUAUAUUUGUUUGUUUAA